AUGAGCAUCACGAUCACCCCGCUGUCGACCUCUCCUCUCCCUCCAACCUACCUCCUCACGGUCGACGGCGCGCACGUCCUCCUCGACUGCGGCGCGUACGACAAAGGGUCCGACUCGACGCUCGCACGAGAUGCGCCCGACGACCUCGCCACGCCCACCGCCGAGCAGGUCGCAGCCUACCUCGCCGCCCUGCGCGACCUCGCCCCGUCCCUCAACCUCGUCCUCCUGUCGCACCCGCUCUUGACGAGCCUCGGCCUCCUCCCGUACCUGCGCGCAAGAUGCGGCCUCCGGUGCCCCGUCUACGCGACCCUCCCGACGCGCGAGAUGGGCCGGUACGCCGUCGAGGAGUGGGUCGAGGCGCGCAGCGUCGCCGAGCGCAACGACGCCCGCGUCGAGCAGAAGCUCGCGCACCAGCUCAAGGAGCAGCAGGUCAAGGACGCGGCGGCCGACAAGAAGCGGCGCAAGGGCAAGGCCAAGGUCCAGGACGUCGAGGUCGGCGUCGGCGAGGACGUCGUCGCGGCCAAGGAGGAGGAGGAGGAGACGGACGGCGUCGCGCUCGUCAAGAGCGAGGACGGCGACGUUGCGCCGACAGCGUCGAGCGACCCGUGGGACCAGGCGUGGAAGCUCACGACGCAGGAGAUCCGCGACGCCUUCCUCGCCAUCAACGCUGUCCGGUGGACCCAGCCCAUCCACCUCUCUGGUCCGCUAAAGGGCUACACGCUCGUCGCACAUCGCUCCGGGCACACCCUCGGCGGCUCCCUGUACACCCUGCGGCCCUCGCUCUCGUCCUCGCUCUCGCCCGCCUCGUCCGCCUCGUCGUUCCUGUACGCGCCCUCGUUCAAUCACGUCAAGGAGCACCACCUCGACCCGACCUCGCUCUUGCACGCCGGCAACGUCGACGACAACUUUCGCCGGAUGGGCGUCGUCGUCGUCGGCGCACGGCGCAGCAAGGUCGUCAACAUCAAGCGCAUCGACCGCGAGCGCAAGCUUCUCGACCUCAUCACGUCGACCCUCCAGUCGGGCGGCUCGAUCCUCCUCCCGACCGACCCGUCGGCGCGCCUGUUUGAGCUCCUCGUCCUCCUCGAGACGCACUGGCGCUUUGCCGGUCUCGGCGCCCAGUUCCCGCUGUGCCUCAUCUCGCGUACGGGCAAGGACGCCGUCGGGUUCGUGCGCAGCUUGACCGAGUGGAUGGGCGGUCAGCUCGCCGGCGACGCGGCCGACAAGCUCAAGUUCAGCAACCUCCGCAUCUUCUCGUCGCUCGACGAGAUCGCCGCCGCCAUCCCGCCGACGGUCCCCAAGCUUAUCCUCACCGUCCCGUCGACCCUGUCGUACGGCUUUGCGCGCGCCCUCUUCCUCGACUUUGCGCGCUCGCCGGCCAACCUCGUCCUCCUGACGGGCCUGAGCGAGCCGGGCAGCCUCGCGAGGUGGCUCGCCAAGGAGGUGUGGGAGCCGCAGCAGGACGAGGGGUGCAAGUACGGGCAGGGCAAGGUCGGCAAGGAGGUCCAGAUGGACAGGGUCGUCGAGCUCGAGAUGCGCCGCAAGGUCUACCUCGAGGGCGACGAGCUCGAGGCGCACCUCGCCGCCGAGCAAGAAGCGGCCGACCUCCUCGCCAAGCAGCAGGCGGCCCUCGAGCGCUCGCGGCGCAUGCUUCACGCCGACGCCGGCGGCGAGUCCGACUCGGACUCGGACUCGGACGGCGACGACGACGGUGCGCACGGCGAGGAGGCCGACGCGGCCGAGGAGGCGGCGCGCGGCGAGGGCGAGCCGGCGGCGCUGCGGCGGCGGCGCAUCGGCGGCUUCACGGGCGGCGCCGGCGCGUGGGACGAGUUCCUCGACGCCGAGGCGCUCGCAGGGUCGGCGGGGGGCCAGUCGUUCGACAUUUACGUGCGCGGGUCGUUCGGCGUGCGCGCCGGCGGCGGCUCGGGCCUGCAGCGGUUCCGCAUGUUCCCCGUCGUCGAGCGGCGCAGGAGGGUCGACGCGUACGGCGAGGCGAUCGAUGUCGAGGGGUGGUUGCGCAGGGGACAGGAGGAGGACCCGCUCGCGCCUGGGGCGGACCAGCAGGUGCUCGGCAAGCGGCCGAGGGAGGACGAGCCCGAGCCUGUGCACGAGGAGAAGCCCGAGCCGCCGCACAAGUACGUCGUCGACCGCGUCGAGGUCCACCUCCAGUCCCUCCUGUUCGUCGUCGACAUGGAGGGCCUCAGCGACGGUCGCGCCCUCAAGACGAUCCUGCCGCAGAUUAAUCCGCGCAAGCUUGUCAUCGUCGAUGGGCCGCCCGACUCGAUCGCCGACCUCGCCGGCGCGUGCAAGUCCGUCACGUCGAUGACCGAGGACAUCUUCACGCCUGCGCUUGGCGAGAAGAUCAAGGUCGGAGAGGAGACCAAGAACUUCUCGAUCCGCCUCGGCGACAGCAUCAUGGCAGCUCUGCGUCUCUCUCGGGUCGACGACUACGAGGUGGCGUUCGUGUCGGGCGUGAUCCACAUCGACCCCGAGUCGGACCUUCCCGUCCUCGAGCGCGUCACGCUCGCCGACGCGACGGCCGCCCCUGCGCUCACCGCCCCCGAGCCGACCGGCGAGGACGCUGUCAUGGACGAGGCGGCUGCCGCCGUCGUCGCCGCCGCGCCGUCGCCGACCGACCACGCCGAGGACCAGAAGCCGUCACCCGACGACGCCGACGAGGCGCCGACCGACACGUCGAUCCUGCCCGCGCUCAAGCCGUCGCUCUUCAUCGGCGACCUGCGCCUCGCGCUCCUCAAGGAGCGCCUCGCCGCCCUGCACGUCCCGUCCGAGUUCACCGGCGAGGGCAUCCUCGUGUGCGGGCCUGCGCCGCCCGAGGCGUUCGGGUUCGACUUUUCGUCGGCCGCCGUUCGCGCCGGGAUCGACGUGCGCAAGGGCGCAAAGUACGUGCGCGACGCGCUGCUCGACGAGGCGAUGGAGGUGAGCGGCGGGAGGUGCGCCGUGAGGAAGGUCGGCAGGGGGCGGCUCGUCGUCGAGGGCGCUCCGGGCGAGACGUACUACGUCGUGCGGCGAGCGGUGUAUGCGCUGCAUGCGCAGGCCGGCUGAGCGCGGCGGCGGCGGCGGUGGGAGGACGACGAGGUCUCGAGCUGCGGCGCCUGGUCACUCGAGAAGGCGACGACCUCGCUCUGCAACUCGUCUAUCGACCGACAGCGACUUCCUGUCUGCGUAGUCU